CGUCGCGGGUGGACGCAGUAGAACGGUGAUAACGUGUACAAGGGAUAACAUGUGCUAACGAACGACUAUAUACAUAUGUAGUUUGUUCUUUUUUUGCUGAUUCGGCGAAAGUCUACUCUCUAUCACGAUGAAAGAGUCACUUAUCAAAUGGAUAUCUGACAAUUCAUACAUUCACAGGAUUAACACGUUUAGUGUCUGCUAUUGGACUAUUUAAAAAAGGAAGAAGGGGGCUAGCAUCUAAUUUUCACGGAUUCAGCACUACGAUGAAAAUCACAAGUGAAAUUCAUGCGAAGCUGCGCUUCAGUGGCGAUAGUAACGCUAAAUAAUGCGUACACACAAGGAUCUACAGCCUUUGAUCUAGCGUUAUCAUGGAUCAAACAGCGAUCAUGGCAAACGAGCCGAUAUCGAGCAAAAGCGAAAUGUCCGAGGAGAGUAAGAGAACAUGUUGCACAUGGAUGAAGGAAGUGUCUGUGGAGCCGACUAUGUGGCUCUACAUGAUGGCCUAUAUGAUCACGUCUGUGGUGGAGCAAGCUUUCUUCGUCCACAAGGCUUGCCGCGUCGAUCACGGCUAUUCUGAGGAAGACUGCGCCAAUCUGAACUAUAACGAGACCAUGAAAGCAGAAGUACAGGUAACGGUCUCAGACUUCCAUCAAUGGAACAACAUAGCAGGCCACGUGGUCCCCAUAAUACUGGCGUUGUUUUUUGGAAACUGGAGCGACAGACGUGGGCGAAAGUUGCCAUUGCUUCUUGGGUUACUAGGGAAAUUCGUGUACUCUUUCAUGGUUGUGAUCAACUCCAUCAUGGACACAUGGAACUUGGAGACACUGGUGUACACAGCCAGCCUUCCUAUGGGUAUGUUAGGUGGAGAUGUGGCCAUUUUUGGAAGUUGCUUUGCCUACAUAUCAGACAUAUCCACUGUUGAACAGAGGACCUUGAGAAUCACUAUUUUGGACGUGCUGUACCUCACCACUAUGCCAACAGGUGUAGCACUAGGAUCCUAUCUCUACACGAGCGUGGUUAACUACUCUUACACCAUCAUGUUCAUCAUAAACGCGAGCUUACUGGCCCUAGCCAUUUUAUACUCGCUGAUAAGACUGAAGUGGCAAACACUACCGCAGCAACAACCAUUGGCUGGCGCAAACUGGUUGACUGAUUUCUUCGAUAAGAAACACGUGAUAGCCACGAUGAAAACAAUGAUCAAGCACAGGCCAAAUCAUAAGAAGCUUCAUCUGUGGCUUUUAUUGAUCAUCAUGAUGCUGUACACAUUUCAAAGGGACGAGAAACCCAUGAGUUUCCUGUACACUCAGCUUAAGUUCAAGUGGGACGUGUCCAAUUUCAGCAACUUCAGAACAUUCCAGUCUACUACUUUUGUUCUGGCAAUGCUAAUUGGCGUGCCAGUAAUGAGCAAGCUAAUGGGGAUCAAGGAUACUAUAAUGGUGGCUAUUGGCGCCAUAGCACACGCCUCUGGAAGAGUGAUAUUCAUUAUGGCCGAAAUACCGGAAUUAUUCUACGUUGGUGCUGCUGUGGCUGCACUGGGACCCAUAGUGGCGCCAGUGUUGAGGUCGAUGACCUCGAAACUCGUUUCUGUGGAAGAACGAGGUAAAGUGUUCGCUAUGUUAUCGGUUUGUGAUAACGCAGUGCCUUUGUUCAGCGGCAUCCUGUACUCUCAACUAUACAACGCGACCAUAAACACAGCGCCCAGCUCUAUCUAUUGGCUAACCUUCUCCACUCAGGUCACCGUGUUACUCUUAAUUCUAGUGAUCAAUUUUUCUACUAGAAAAACGGAGAACAUAGACGACGAAACCGACUGCCAAUCUGUGUCCACCUCAACAAUGGAGGUUAGCAGGUCGACGGACUUGCAAGAGAGAUAUAAUUAAAUACCAA